AUGGCCGAACCAUUGUCAACAAAUGUUACUAUUGAACCAUGUCUCGAACCGAGUGUUUAUGAAUAUUCACUCGAUGGCGAAAAAAUUAAAUCGACUCAAUCAAUGUCUGAUCAUUUUACAAAAAUUCUCAGUCGUAUGGAAUUAAAUGAUGUACGUUCUGAAGAUUCAAUUGAAAAUACGAAUGAUGAUGAACGUCGAAUAACAAAUGGAGGAAAAAAUGCAUUUGGAACAUUUUUUGAACAAAUGAGACAAGCUAAUAUUGAAAUGUGUGCAUUACAUGAUAUUUUAUCAUUAGUUAUGAGUCGUCGUUAUUUUAAUUUAUCUUCAAAUAUUCUUUCCGAUGUAAUGAUGACAAUAAGUCUUUUACGUACAAGUGAAUUUGAUCCAAGCAUUCAAACAGAAUCAACACUUUGCGGUGCACAUAUUGGUUUAUUAGAAUAUUCUUUAUGUGCUUUAUUACGUCAACAAUUUCUUCGUAAUUUUCAUUAUUCACAAUUAAAGCCUAGUACACUUAUGUUAGGCGUACCUGCAUUAAGACGUAUUGCUGGUGUAAAUGCUUUUAAUUAUAAUCAAUUGAAAUCUAUUAGUGAAAAUAAAUCAAUUUUACAAACAAUUAUUGACCUUGCUCAACAUCAAGUUAUUCGAGCUCGAAUUUUAAAUGUAUUAAAUAAUUUAGCAACAAAUUGUGAUAUAAAUAUGACUGUAAAUAUAAGCGCUUUUAGUUCAACAACAUCAACAUACGGUCGUGUUCAUCUUAUCGCACCUGGUUAUGAUGUUUUGUGCCGGUGGUCUUAUAUGUUUCAAAUUGAAGAAUGUCAAGUUAAAAUUCAAUAUAAAUCUCAUCUAGUCGAAUUUCAACAUCAUGUUGAAGAAGUUCAAAGAUUUUUUAUUAAUCAAAUCGCUUGUUUUAAGUUUACAAUUGCUUGUACAUUAGCAAAAAUUUUUGGUUGGUUAGUUGUUGGUAGUACAAUGGCACCAACAGUUGGUAGACUUAGCGAAAUUCAAUUUAGCGCUCAACUUGAUCAUUCGCAAAUACCAACAUCAAUUGGAAUACGCAUUGGUGAUGAUUUACAAUUACAAAUAGCUGUACGAAAACGUCGUGAACGUAAUGAUGAUACACAUAUGGAUGAUGAUUCAAAUGAACGAAUAGGAGGAGCAAAAGGAAUUAAAUACGAUUCGAUUAAUUUAGAUGAUUAUUGUGGAAUAUCAACAUUACAAAAAUUUGAAAUGUUUAUAUCGAGUUUAUUACAUCAAGAAAAACAGCAAUAG